CGGGGCGCGAAAGGGUUAAAGAGUUGGCGGAGCCGCCGCCACCGCUCUUCGGGGAAACCCACCGGGGCGCGCGGAGGAGGGAGCGGUCGUGGGCUGCGGAGCCCGGCGCCACGGGCGCGCGGCCAACCGAGCGGCGGGCCCGGCGCGCGCGUAGCCAGGCAACACAGAGAGAGACGCGACGCCCCGCCGCCCCUGACGCGCCGCUCCGUCCCGGUGGUCGGAGAGCGGGAGCCGCCCGGGGCCCUGUGGCGCGGAGAUGAGCAGGUCUGCGGCGCUCCUGCUCUGCUUGCUGUGCUGCAACGUCUGGAAGGCGGUGACCAAGACGCUGCGGCAGCCCGGCGCGGGAGUCCAAGAGGUCACGCUAAAGGUCCAUGUCAGUGACGCCAGCACCCAUCAGCCUGUCCCAGAUGCGCUCAUCGAGAUUUUCACCAAUCAGGUCUCUAUCGCCUCUGGCACUGCGGGGACAGAUGGUGUUGCCUUCAUCAAGUUCCAGUAUAAGCUGGGCAGUCAGUUGAUCGUCACGGCCACAAAGCACGCUUACGUGCCAAACUCAGCCCCAUGGAAGCCCAUCCGGUUACCCGUGUUUUCUUCCCUGAGCCUUGGCUUGCUUCCAGAACGAUCUGCUACUCUAAUGGUAUAUGAAGAUGUUGUCCAAAUAGUAUCAGGAUUCCAAGGUGCCCGGCCACAGCCUCGUGUGCAUUUCCAGAGAAGAGCUCUGCGAUUGCCUGAGAACACAAGCUACAGUGACCUGACGGCUUUCCUCACGGCCGCCAGUUCCCCCUCAGAGGUGGACAGUUUUCCUUUUUUGCGAGGAUUAGAUGGAAAUGGAACAGGAAACGGCACCAGGUACGACCUGACACCAGUCACAGCCGUCAGUGUCCACUUGCUUGGCAGUGAUGGAACAGCAGUGCUGGUGGAUGGGCCCAUUUAUGUCACCGUGCCCCUGGCCACACAGAGCAGUCUGAGGCACAAUGCCUAUGUUGCAGCAUGGCGGUUUGACCAGAAGCUGGGAACGUGGCUGAAGAGUGGUCUAGGCCUUGUCCACCAGGAAGGCAGCCAACUGACGUGGACAUACAUAGCCCCUCAGUUGGGGUACUGGGUGGCGGCCAUGUCUCCCCCCAACCCAGGUCCCGUUGUCACACAGGACAUUACCACGUAUCACACGGUGUUUCUUUUGGCCAUUUUAGGAGGAAUGGCUUUCAUACUUUUGGUUUUGCUGUGUCUCCUUUUAUAUUAUUGCAGGCGGAAGUGCUUAAAACCCCGUCAGCACCACAGAAAACUGCAGCUUCCUGCCGCCCUGGAGAGUUCCAAAAGAGAUCAGUCAACCUCCAUGUCCCACAUCAACUUGUUUUCCCGGCGUGAGUCGGAAUUCCCAGGCCCACUCUCUGUUACCAGCCACGGCCGCCUGGAUACCCCAGGCACAAAGGAGCUGAUGAGUGGAGUCCACUUAGAAAUGAUGUCUCCCAGCGGAGAGGGGGACAUGCGCACCCCCAUGCUAAAGCUUUCCUACAGUACCUCACAAGAAUUCAGCUCCCGGGAGGAACUUAUGUCUCAUAAGGAAGAGGACAAAAGCCAAAUCUCCUUUGAGAACCUGACACCAAGCGGGACGUUGGGAAAAGACUACUGUAAGUCUGUGGAGAGUUUCCCCUUAAAGUCCAGAAAAUCUGUGGAAAGAGAAGGCUACGAGUCCUCUGGCAACAGUGACUACAGUAGGAGUUACAAUGCCAUGCUGUCACAGCCUUUAUUUGAAAAGCAAGACAGAGACAGCCAGGCCUCGGGGAACCAUAUUUCCACAGGAAAUAAGCUCACUGUUCAGGAACACAGGUACCCUACACCCUCAUCUCCUGAAAAAGAACAGCUGCUGGACCGCAGACCUACGGAAUGUAUGAUGUCGAGAUCAGUAGACCACCUGGAAAGACCCACAUCCUUUCCACGGCCCGGACAGUUGAUCUGCUGCAGUUCUGUUGACCAGGUCAAUGACAGCGUUUACAGAAAGGUGUUGCCUGCGUUGGUCAUCCCCGCUCACUACAUGAAACUCCCAGGGGACCAUUCCUAUGUUGGCCAGCCCCUGGUCGUCCCGGCUGACCAGCAGCUUGAGAUCGAAAGGCUACAGGCAGAGCUGUCCAGUCCUCAUGCAGGGAUCUUCCCUCACCCCUCCUCCCAGAUCCAGGCCCAGCCCCUGUCCUGCCAGGCAAUCUCUCAGCAGCACUUGCAGGACGCAGGUACCCGGGAGUGGACCCCGCAGAACGCAUCCAUGUCAGAGUCCCUCUCCAUCCCAGCAUCCCUGAAUGAUGCGGCCUUGGCUCAGAUGAACAGUGAGGUCCAGCUCCUGACUGAAAAGGCUCUGAUGGAGCUUGGGGGUGGAAAGCCACUCCCACACCCCCGGGCGUGGUUUGUCUCCCUGGAUGGCAGGUCCAACGCGCAUGUUAGACAUUCCUACAUUGAUCUCCAAAGAGCUGGGAGGAACGGAAGUAAUGAUGCCAGUUUGGAUUCUGGUGUGGAUAUGAAUGAACCAAAAUCUGCCCGGAAGGGAAGAGGAGACCCCUUGUCUCUUCCACAGAACCACCCCGCUGUCCAGGAGCAUCCACAGAAAGAGUCUAGGGCUGCGGACAGCACGUCCUACACGCAGCUUGUGUACCUGGAUGACAUGGACCAAAGUGGCAGUGAGUGUGGCACCACCGUCUGCACCCCUGAAGACAGUGCCCUGAGAUGCCUGCUGGAUGGCUCUAGUCGGAGAAGCGGCAGCCAGCUGCCCAGCCUGCAGGAGGAGACGACAAAACGAACUUCAGAUGUUCCCCAGGAGCCACUGGCCAGUUCGCAACAGAGGUCUGCUCAGGAGGAUGAGGAGGAGGAAGAGGAUGAGGAUGACCAGGGCGAAGACAAGAAGAGCCCCUGGCAGAAACGGGAGGAGAGGCCCCUGAUGGCAUUUAACAUUAAGUGAGCUUUCACAGAGCCACCCACAAGGGGAAUAUAAUAAAAUUGCCAAAAAUUCUUUCUUAAGGAAGCACUUACCUGUGCAGAGGAAGUUGAACAACAGCAACCGUGUAAGUGAACUUCUCCUGCAUCACUGUUUGCUGUGUAAAUGUUAGAAGGUAAUUAAAGUUAUUACUCAGAGGAAAGGACGAUGUUAAUGGAUGCCUCACCUCCAGGGAGAUGGCCAAAUGUAGUGUCUGAAUGUCGUCUCACAUACUUGAUGUCCACCCAGGACACUGAGAAACCACACAUGACAUUUAGGUUCUUCUGAUGACCUCAGUUCUCCCUCAGAUUCUGGGAACAGAUGAAACUCUUUUUGCAUUGCUUGAAUCAAUUUUAUCAUGAUAAUGCUCCUGUGAAGUUAUUGAGAAAUUAACUUAGCACUUAGUGUACCGAGGUGUGCAUUAUCUCAGAGGAAGCUGUGCAUCACUGCUUUGUGCUCUUGCUUUGCUUAGGUUAUUGCUUUGGUUAGACUUCCUUUCAGGUUUGCUUUUUUUGAAACACAAUUUGAUUAUAAGGGUUUUAGUCCUUCAUUCUCGUAUGAUCUGCUUCUCUGCUUCUCUAUUCCAUGUUCUUCGUUCUUCGUUCUUGUAUGUUCUGCUUCUCUGCUUCUCUAUUCCAUGUUUCCUUUCAGGAACUCCUGAGUGUCAUCUCUUAACAUCCGAGGCUUUUAAUGAAAUCAUUCUGAAGUUUUUAUCAGCUGAGAGUCCUUCAAUUCUGGUCCCAUUAACUCCAAGUGCCUUUUUUACAGUGACAACAGACAGUCCCCUCACUUUUCUGUUUUUCUUAACUCCUUUAAUUGAGCUGCCUGGAUUUUAUAAAGCUGUUAAAUGAUACCCCUUUUCUUUAAAAUGCAUGCUGCCAAGUGCCCAUUGUGCCCAGAAUUCCCAUUUCAGCACAGUGUUCUCUCAAGUCCUCAUGUGUGACGUGGAUUCUGUUUAGCUAAGGUAGACUAGAGGACGCUUUAGAGAUCCCCUGCCUGCCUCCAUCCUUUGGCCACUAGCCACUGUUAUGGUUUCGUUGGCUGUUUGUAUAUAUGGUUACUAUUAACUCUGGAAUCCUAUGGGCUGAGCUUGCUCACCAAACAUAGAGUAUGGACUGAGCAAGUGAACUGAAUGUGAUUAUUAAAAAAAAUCUUAUGUAC